GAUCACCAACCUUGCUCCGACAUUUAUGAAAUCUCUGGCAUAUAGUGUGCUCCUAACAGUCGGUUCAUUCGGUGUUCUGAACGGAUAGAUCCCAAGCUCUGCCGGUGGAAAGUGAAUCUGAGUUGUUCCUGGAAAAGGAUUCUUUAGGGGUUGUGUGUUUCUCUCGCUCUCCUUUUCUCGUUCGCUCUACGUUCUAAUCAAGGAUCAAGGAAGCGAAUCGCGUUAAACUUUAGUGAUUUCUCAUAGUGCCAGAGUGCUGGAGUUUUUUUUUGGGCCAGUGAAAAUAGUUGAAGAUAUUUAGCAAAAAUGUCGUCGUCUGCCGUUACUACUAAAACUUCGAAAUAUACCUACAAAUCCACUGGCGGUGGUAGUGCCGAUGUCAGCAUUGAGUACAGCGCUGACCUUAGCGCCCUGUCCAGGCUGGAGGACAAAAUCCGCCUGCUGCAGGAGGAUCUGGAGUCGGAGCGUGGCCUCCGUCAAAGGAUCGAGCGCGAGAAGGCCGACCUCAGCGUGCAAGUCAUUCAGAUGUCAGAGCGCCUCGAGGAGGCCGAAGGUGGUUGCGAAAGUCAGCUGGAAAUCAACCGCAAACGUGACGCUGAACUGAACAAACUGCGCAAGCUGCUCGAAGAUGUGCACCUGGAAUCGGAGGAAACCGCUCACAUUCUGAAGAAGAAACACCAGGAAAUUGUCGUUGAUUUCAGCGAGCAAAUCGAAUCACUGACCAAGACCAAACAGAGAGUUGAGAAGGAGAAGUCCAAACUGCAAGCCGAGAUCUACGAGCUGCUGUCCCAGAUCGAAAGCGUUUCUAAGGAUAAGACCGUCAGUAUUAAGACUAUCGAAAAGUUGGAAGUCCACGUGACCGAAUUGAACAUUCGCAUCGAAGAGCUGAACCGCACCAUUGUUGACAUUACCUCUCACAAGACUCGUCUAUCCCAGGAGAACAUCGAUCUGAUCAAGCAGGUUCAGGAUCUAAAGAUCAACAUUGAAAGCAUUAGCUUCUCCAGAACGCAGCUCAAUACUCAUCUCGAAGAUGCCAGACGCCGCCUCGAGGAAGAUGAUCGGCGCCGUUCCAUACUGGAGUCGACCCUGCAUCAGGUCGAAACUGAACUGGAGUCGGUCCGUCUGCAGUUGGAAGAAGAAUCUGAAGCUCGUUUGGAUCUGGAACGACAGCUGGUGAAGGCUAAUGGUGAUGCCUCUACCUUCAAGUCGAAGUACGAAUCUGAAUGCAUGGCUCGCCAUGAAGAGAUUGAGGAAAUCCGUCGCAAGUACACCAUCCGCAUCCAGGAAUCGGAGGAACACAUUGAAUCACUUCAGGCUCGUUUGUCCAAGCUGGAGAAGGAAAAGAGCCGCAUGUCGAGUGAAAUCGAAAUUCUCCUUAUCGACUUGGAAAAGGCCAACAAUGGCAUCCGCGAAUACACCAAACGUAUCGAAAUUCUCGAGAAAACAAAUAUCGAAAUCAAGACCCGCCUGGAGGAAACCAUUACCCUUUACGACCAGUCGCAACGCGAUCUGAGACAAAAGACCCAGGACUAUCAGCGCCUGAGCCACGAACUGGAUGCGACCCGCGACCAGAAGGACCAGCUGUCCCGGGAUAACCAAAAAAUGCAAAAGGACUUGCACGAGGCCCGCAGCACCGUCACCGAGCUGACACGUCGCCUUCAUGACUAUGAAGUCGAGCUGCGUCGAUUGGAGAACGAACGCGAGGAGUUGACCGCCGCCUACAAGGAAGCCGAAGCCGGACGCAAAGCUGAGGAGAAGCGUGGCCAGGCUCUGUCCGUUGAGUUCGGUCAGUUCCGUCAUACCACCGAACGUCGCCUGAUGGAGAAGGACGAGGAAAUCGAAGUUAUCCGCAAGCAGACCAGCAUUGAAAUCGAACAGCUGAAUGCUCGUGUCGUUGAGGCCGAGACUAAGCUGAAGAGCGAGGUUCAACGCAUCAAGAAGAAGCUGCAAAUCCAGAUCACUGAGUUGGAGAUGUCCUUGGAUGUUGCCAACCAUACUAACAUCGAACUGCAGAAGACCAUCAAGAGGCAGUCGGCUCAGCUGACCGAAAUCCAAGCCCACUACGAAGAAAUCCAGCGUCAACUGCAGUCCACCGUUGACCAGUACGGUAUUGCCCAGCGCCGCAUCCAGUCGCUCACCGGUGAGCUGGAGGAGAUCCGUGUCAACUACGACUCUUCUCUCCGUUCGAAACGCCAAGUCGAGGUUCAGCUCGAGGAGGCUUCUUCGCGCAUCAACGACCUCACUGUCUGCAAUGCCAGCUACGCUUCUCUCAGAACUAAGCUCGAACAGGAGCUUAGUGUUCUGGCCUCCGACUACGAGGAAGUUUCCCGUGAACUGCGCGUCAGUGAUGAACGCUACCAGAAGGUCCAGGUUGAACUCAAGCACACCGUUGAACUGCUGCACGAAGAACAGGAAAGAAUUGUCAAGAUUGAAACCAUCAAGAAGUCCUUGGAAGUUGAAGUCAAGCAACUUUCAGUUCGUCUUGAGGAGGUUGAAAUUAACGCUGUCGCUGGUAGCCGUCGCAUCAUUGGUAAGCUUGAAGCCCGCCUGCGGGACAUUGAAUGCGAGCUUGAGUCAGAAAGAAGGAAGCACUCCGAAACCAUCAAUAUCCUGCGUAAGAAGGAACGCUCCGUCAAGGAAGUGUACAUCCAGAUCGAAGAAGACCAGAAGAACCUCCAGAUCCUGCAGGAUGCCCUGGAGAAGGCCAACCUGAAGAUUGCUGCCUACAAGCGUCAGCUAGUUGAUCAGGAACAAUGCUCUCAGCAGUCUGUCACCAAGGUUCGUCGUUUCCAGCGCGAACUGGAAGCAGCCGAGGACCGUGCCGAUGUGGCUGAGAGCAACCUGACUAUGGUCCGCGCCAAGCACCGCACCUUCGUCACCACCUCCACCGUGCCCGGAUCGCAGGUCUAUUUGGUUCAGGAAUCUACUAGAACCAUCAACGAGACGUCGUCGUCUUAAAUUCUUGAGGAAGAGGAACGCCUCUCAGACAAGUCACGAAGCCAUUCGAAGCACUAACAUCUGCCGGACACAAUGGCAAAAUGCACCACAUGAUCUUUCAUUUCAAUCAUUUCCGUUCCGUCUUUUGUUCUCUGUCCGUUUACCGGUUUAUGUUUCACAAUGUCAUUAUCGUCUUUAGUUCCAUGUGCUUUUAGUUCUCUGUAUAAUUCACCACACCAACGAAUCUAUGAAACCUAAAAAAAUGUAAUCUCUUUAUAUCGUCACCUGUUGAGACCACCAUAACAGCAGGUCAUAUAUGUCACACAAUGAUUCCCAGAAGGCAGAAAACCGCCGAACGUGAAGGAAUGCGAAUCUCUUACAAUUACGACAAA